GCGGCGGGCCGGCUGCCGGCGGCGGGAGGCAGGCUGCGGGGAGCUGCGGGCGGACGCACGGACGGACAGACAGACACACACACACACAGACGGACCAAGAGCUCGGUCCGGCCGGGGCUCCGCUACCCGCCGCGGCCGAUCGGGCGCAGAUGGGCGGCGGUGGCAGCGGAGCGGCGGGAGCAGCAGCAGCAGCAGCAGCAGCAGCAGCGGCGGAGCGGCGGCCAAGGAGCCGGGGCUGAGCGCACCCGCGCAGCGCGGCCGCGCCAUGCGGAGCACGCCGCUGGCGGAGGGCGAGCCCUGGCCGCGCCUCUGCGCCGCGGAGCUCGGGGGGCUGCGGCGGCUGCGGCGCAAACACGGCUGCAAAAGUUUCCGCGUCGAGCUGAAAGUGCUGAGCGGCAGAAGGACGGGGCUCCGCGCUCACCCCCCGCCACCACCACCGCCGCCACCGCCCCCCGCCUCCGCCGCCCCGCCGCCCGCCUGGGAGCCGCGCGGAGCCGCGCUCGGCCCCGCCAGCGCCUUCCCCGCCGCGCCGCCGCCGCCGCCCCCCGCCGCCCGCCCGCCGCCGCCCCCCGCCGCCGCCUCCCCGCGCCCGCGGCCGGGCGAGGCGUCCGGCGUCUCGCCGGAGAUCAAAGCCCUGCAGCAGACGCGGCGGCUCUUGGCCAACGCCCGGGAGAGGACCCGCGUCCACACCAUCAGCGCCGCUUUCGAGGCGCUGCGGAAGCAGGUUCCCUGCUAUUCUUAUGGUCAAAAGUUGUCCAAACUGGCCAUCUUGAGAAUAGCCUGUAACUAUAUCCUUUCCCUGGCCAGACUAGCAGACCUGGAUUACAGUGCUGACCACAGUAACAUGAGCUUCUCUGAAUGCGUGGAGCAGUGCACUAGGACCUUACAAGCAGAAGGAAGAUCUAAAAAAAGGAAGGAGUAAUAACCAGGAAGGGAAGAUUCAGAAGAGCUUCCAGCCAGAGUUACAUCUGUUCUUGGCAGAGGUUGCAGCAUCCAGAUGAAGACUGCAAGCAGCUUUUUUGCAGAAGCCCCUUUUCAAGAUGACGAUUGGCCAAGGAACUUUCUUAAUCUCUGGAACAAAAAGGAAAAUAGGAAAAGGAAAAAAAAAAAAAAGGACAAGGAUGCUUCUUAUUGUUGUUAAGCCAGCCACCUUUUAGUACGUGCAAUUUAUUUAGCACUUUUCCCUUUGCUUAACUGGGAAAUGUUACCCUCUCAGCUCAUGUGUACAGUAAUUUUUUGUUGUUGUUGCUGUUGUGCCAAAGAUUUGAUGGAGCUUCUACACUGUGUCUUAUUUUUGCCUUAACGUUAAAUCUUUGAGCCAAAGAAAAGUCAGAGGUGCCGUUCAGAUGGUGGCAAGCAGGGCAGCCAGCUCUCGGUGACAGAUCCGAAUUUGAGUCCUUCUGCGAGUCGCUUCUUAUUUCUCCUGCCCUCACUUCCCUCUGCCUGCAGCCCUGGAGCCAGCAUCCAGUGUGGGCAAGAGCUGGGACAACACCAAGUUGUGCUUCGGCGUUCAAGGCUCCUUUCUUUGAGCUACUCCAGAGUUCUGCCUUUUGGGCAAUUUCCCGACGCUCCUGCCCGUGAGAGACAUCCAUGGGAUAGAAACACACAAAGUGAGAGUUGAAACAGGAGCUAUAGUUUCUAUUUUUUUUUUUUUUUUUAAUAAAUAAAUGCAGUUGAAAAAGCAAAA